AGAGGGUGGGAGCGCGUGCUGCUGGGAGUUGUUUGGAGGUUGGCGGUGUGGGGCUGACGGUCCUCAGGCAGGGUGAUUAUGUCGCACAAGCAGAUUUACUAUUCGGACAAAUACGACGACGAGGAGUUCGAGUACCGGCAUGUGAUGUUGCCCAAGGACAUAGCCAAGCUGGUCCCUAAAACCCAUUUGAUGUCUGAAUCUGAAUGGAGGAAUCUUGGCGUUCAGCAGAGUCAGGGAUGGGUCCAUUAUAUGAUCCAUGAACCAGAACCUCACAUCUUGCUGUUCCGGCGGCCACUGCCCAAGAAGCCAAAGAAAUGAAGCUGGGGAGCCACUUUUCAGCCUCAUGCUUUAUACAGCUGUCCUCAUUUGCUAACAUCUUUCUGAUGACAUUAUUAUGUUGCCUUCCUGUUUCUCACUUUGAUAUUUAAAGGAUGUUCAGUACACUGUUUGAACGUGUUGGAGACUGCUUUGCUUCUUGAGCAGAACCAACAGGACCAUGGCCCAGCCGGACAACUGCUCUUUGGGUUGCAGCCUCAGCUAAGUGUGACCCCCAAAACCAAUGUGAGCUCUGUAUCCAGCAGAACACACUUGGCAGAUGGAGGAAGCAUCUAAGAAUAAGACCGUGGCUGUUACAGGGAUUGUGUAAACUUCCUGUUUUUUUUUUCUGCCAGGUGUUGUAUGUAUGGUGAUUUAUGUUUCAAUGUGUUGGAAACUUUCCAUUUUAUUCAAGAAAUCUGUUCCAUGUUAAAAAGCCUUGAUUAAAGAGGA